UUUUAUUCAAAGCUUUCAGACUGCGCCUUGCUCGUUAACGGCCAUUGCCCUUUUAAGAGGAGUGCAAUUUGGCAGGAAGUAUUUUCUUCAGCUCCCUGUCCAAUCAAUACAGUCAGUCGGUGUUACGGAGAGCGGUCGGGCCAGGCAGAUUUUGAUACCAUGGAGACUCCUGUAGAUUCAUCAGAUAUUGAUGAAGGAUUAUAUUCCAGACAUCUGUAUGUGCUGGGCCAUGAGGCCAUGAGGCAAAUGAAGAACGCAAAUGUGCUGAUCUCUGGGAUGCGAGGGCUUGGUGUUGAGAUCGCUAAAAAUAUCAUCCUUGGAGGAGUCAAAUCAGUAACAAUUCAUGAUGAAGGGACUGCAGAGUGGAGCGAUCUUUCCUCUCAGUUUUAUCUGACAGAGAGAGAUAUUGGGGAGAACAGGGCAGAAGCUUCACAGCCGAGCCUUGUUGGACUAAACAUUUAUGUCCCUGUCUCUUCAUACACUGGGAAGCUGACCAACGACAUCCUCCAAAAUUAUCAGGUGGUUGUGCUGACCAACUCCUCGUUGGAUGAACAGCUGAAGAUUGGGCAGUUCUGUCACCAGAACAGAAUCAAGUUCAUAGUGGCAGAUACGAAAGGCCUCUUUAGUCAGGUGUUCUGUGACUUUGGGGAUGAGUUCAUCGUGACGGACAUGAAUGGGGAAGAGCCUGUGCACACCAUCGUAUCCUGGAUCACCAAGGCGAACCCAGGGUUGGUAACUUGUUUGGACAGGUCACACCAUGGAUUUCAGACUGGAGAUUUUGUGACUUUCUCGGAGGUUCAGGGUAUGACUGAACUGAAUAACUGCAAACCCAUAGAAAUCAAGGUCAUUGAUGCCUAUUCCUUCUCAAUCUGCGACACGACCGGUUUUGGCGAUUACGAGGGAGGUGGGAUUGUAAUGGAAGUAAAGAUGCCACAGCAUUUGACCUUUAAGUGCCUGAAGGAGGAGCUGCGGGAGCCAACAUACCAGACCAUCGACUUUGGCAAAAUGGACAGAUAUGGCACGCUGCACAUUGCCUUUCAGGCUUUGCAUGGGUUUGUGAGGGGGCACGGCCGACUCCCCAGACCCUGGGGAAAGACUGAUGCUGAGCUCUUAGUGAACAUGGCAAAAAAGCUGAGUGAAGAGGUUCCAUCCAUCCUUGGAGAGGAGCCCCUGAACGAGGACUUGGUGAGGAAGCUGGCAUUUGUAGCCACUGGCAACCUGAAUCCAAUCAACGCGUUCAUUGGUGGGGUGGUCGCACAGGAAGUGAUGAAGGCAUGUACUGGGAAGUUCCGGCCUCUCCAUCAGUGGAUGUACUUUGAUGCGCUGGAGUGUUUGCCUGAACAAAAUGAAGAAGUUCUUGCUGAUGAGGAAGCCAUCCGUCCCAGAGAUUGCCGAUAUGAUGGACAGACUACAGUCUUUGGGAUGGACUUUCAACAGAAGCUGAAAUCGCAGAAAUAUUUCCUGGUGGGUGCCGGUGCCAUUGGAUGUGAGCUACUGAAGAACUUUGCCAUGAUUGGUCUGGGAGCAGGAGAAGGUGGGAGCAUCACUGUGACGGACAUGGACACCAUUGAGCGGUCAAACCUCAACCGGCAGUUCCUCUUCAGGCCCAGUGACAUUGCGAAAAUGAAGUCUGAGACGGCAGCAGCAGCAGUAAGGAAGAUGAAUCCCUUCAUAAAUGUCAUUGCUCACCAGAACCGUGUUGGCGAAGAAACAGAGAAUAUUUACAAUCAGGAUUUCUUCGACAAUCUGAACGGAUUGGCGAAUGCGUUGGACAAUGUUGAGACUCGACAGUACAUGGAUGGCCGGUGUGUAUUCUACCAGAAACCGCUGCUAGAAUCUGGCACUAUGGGCACAAAGGCUAAUGUCCAGGUCAUCAUACCCCACGUUACAGAAUCCUAUGGACAUGUUCAGGAUUCUACAGAAAAUUCUAUACCCAUCUGCACAAUCAAGAAUUUCCCCAACGCAAUUGAGCAUACGCUGCAGUGGGCACGGGACCAGUUUGAAGGACUCUUCAAGCAGGCCGGAGAGAAUGUCAACAAGUACCUGGAAAACCCUUCUUUUAUGGAUCAGACCAUGACGCUGCACGAAGGUCAAGCUUUGGAAAUCCUUGAAGGUGUUUACAAGAGCCUGGUUGUCGAUAAGCCCAAAUCCUGGGCUGACUGUGUCGCCUGGGCCAGGAGACACUGGGAGACACAGUACAACAACAUCAUCCGUCAACUGUUGCACAUCUUCCCACCCAAGCAGGUUACAACUUCAGGAGCUCUUUUCUGGUCAGGACCCAAGAGAUGUCCCCAUCAUCUGGAAUUUGAUCCCAGCAAUCCCCUUCACAUGGACUACAUCGUGGCAGCUGCUAACCUGUUUGCCAAAAACUAUUCCAUAGAAGGGUCCAAGGACAGAGCUGCAAUCCAACAGAUCCUUCUGUCUGUUGAUAUUCCUCCCUUCACCCCAAAAUCAGGGAUGAAAAUCCAUACCAGUGACGAAGAAAUGGCGGCAGCUGAGGUUACAGUUGAUAAGGACCGCUUUGAGGAACUGAAGAAGAACCUUUCUUCACGUGCACUGUUCAGUAGGUGUGAGAUGCACCCCAUUGACUUUGAGAAGGAUGACGACACGAACUUCCACAUGGACUUCAUUGUCGCUGCUUCCAACUUGAGGGCAGAGAAUUACAGCAUUCCUCCAGCCGACCGCCACAAGAGCAAACUGAUUGCUGGACGGAUCAUCCCUGCAAUCGCCACCACCACAGCUGCUGUGGCUGGCCUGGUGUGCUUGGAGCUCUACAAGGUGGUGCAGGGUCAGAGGCCAAAAACUGCCUACAGGAAUGGCUUCGUCAACUUGGCCUUGCCUUUAUUUGCCUUCUCGAUACCUCUAUCUCCUCCGAAAAAGAAGUACCAUGACAUUGAAUGGACACUCUGGGAUCGGAUUAAUGUACAAGGCAUUCAACCAAAUGGGAACGAGAUGACACUGGAGGAAUUCCUGAACUAUUUUAAGGCUAAGCAUAAUCUGGAUGUUAUAUUUAUUCACUGUGGGAGCUGGAUGGUGUAUGCCUGUCAUAUGACCCCAUCUCAACUCAAGGAGCGAUUAUCGCAGAGGAUGUCGGAAAUUGUGGCAAAACUACAGGGAAAGGUGAUUGAAAAUCAUGUGAAGGUCCUAAUGUUUGGAGUAGACUACAGUCACGAGAAUGGUGAAGAAGAUGAUCUUGAAGUCCCCCCUGUUUACUAUUGGAUCCAGUGAAACCACUCAGUAUAUUUUCCCACAAUGAUAUCCCUUCCCAUCAUGCCAUGGGGAUAGUAAGAAUGCUCAAUACGCUUUCCUAUAAUACAAUCCUCUCCCAUCAUGCCAAUGGGGAUAGUAAUAACGCUCAGUACGCUUUCCUAUAAUGCAAUCCUCUCCCAUCAUGCCAAUGGGAUAGUAAGACCACAGUACACUUUCCAUAAUGCAAUCACUUCCCAUCAUGCCAUGGAGAUAGUAAGACAGUAUGAUUUCCUAUAAUGCAAUCCCCUCCCAUCAUGUCAUGGGGAUAGUAGGAUCACGCAAUAUCAUUUCCCAUAAUGCAAUCCCUCCCAUUCUGCCAAGCCACCAUUACUCAUUGUACUGGUGUUAUCUGAAUGUUUAUUGAGCCUCUGCAUUUUUUAACAGCACUCAAGAUUCAAGUUUUAUAAUAAUUAGAUUUAUUAGUCACAUGUAUAUCAUAAGAGCAUAAGGCUGUGAGACAUAGGAGCAGAAUUUAGGCUAUUUGGCCCAUCAGGUCUGCUCUGUCAUUCCAUCAUGGCUGAUUUCUUAUCCCUCUCAACCCCAUUCUCCUGCCUUCUCCCCAUAACCUUUGACACACUUACUAAUCAAGAACCUGUCAACCUCUACUUUAAAUACAUCCAAUGAGUUGGCCUCUACAGCCAUCUGUGGCAAUGAAUUCCACAGAUUCACUACCCUCUGGUUAAAGAAAUUCCUCCUCAUCUCUGUUCUAAAUAGACGUCCCUCUAUUCUGAGGCUGUGCCCUCUGGUCCUAGACUCCCCCACUAUAGGAAACAUCCUCUCCAUGUCCACUUUAUCUAGGCCUUUCAAUAUUUAAUAGGUUUCAAUUAGAUGAAGAAAAUGAAUCUCGAGCUUCUAUGUACUUUAUUAAUA